GAGGUGGGUAUGGUGGUUAUGAUCCAGGUGAAGACCAUCGCCGACAUGGGAGCCUACGUUUAUCUCCUCGAGUACAACAAUAUCGAAGGAGUUGUAUAUAAAAUAUUGGCUGGCCUUUGUACCGAAAAUAUGGCCAUGCUUUCGAGGCCUUCAAGAUCAUAGUGACGGAUCCCGAUUCUGUGUUGAAUUCCCUCACCCGUGAGAUUAAAGAAGUUGGGCCUGAUGGGCAAGAGGUGACUGAAGUUGUACGUGCUGUGACAGAAGAAGUGAAGGAUGCUCUAGUAAAGAAUAUUAGGAGGAGAAUGACACCAUAACCUUUGAAGAUCCGAGCCGAUAUUGAAUUGAAGUGUUUUCAGUUUGAUCAUCAAGGAGGCCAUGCGGAAUGCUGAAGCUGCUGGAACUGAUGACUGUCCAGUGAAGAUUAAGUUGGUUGCUCCUCCUCUAUAUGUUCUUACUAUGCAGACACUCGACAAGGAGCAAGGGAUUGCAACUCUGAACAAGGCCAUUACAGCUUGCACUGAAACAAUUGAGCAACACAAAGGCAAACUCACUGUAGAGGAGGCACCGAGAGCUGUGAGUGAAGGAGAAGAUAAGCAACUGGCAGAGCACAUGGCUAGGCUACGACUUGACAAUGAAGAAUUUAGUGGCGAUGAAGACAGUGAAGAGGAAGAAGAAGAAGAAUACACAGGACUGGGUGAUGCUGAUGUUGAUGCAGUCACUGAAAUCACUGAGUAAGAUUCCCUAAUUCACGUUUGAAGAUAGAUUUCUCUGAUUUUUUCACCACUCACCUUCCAAGAAAAGAAAUGAGUUUUUUUUUUCUUUUCGAAACUUUAUAACAACGGCUGUAGAAAGUUUUUUGUGGCCUUAUGUUCUAUCAUCAUAUGGUACAAAUACUAUUUAUAUCAGAGAAGAGGGUUUUCAGGA